AUGAAUCAAAUUUGCAGCCUGUUUUAUCGAGCUGUUUUACCUUGUAUUCUGGAAGAUUCCAUAGUUUGGCUCCAUCUUAGUUUCUGUAUGAAUAUGGAUCCAGUUUUACUGGGUAUCGCUGAAAAGCAUUUCAUCGCUCAGGGAUUCGCUGAUGGAUGCCGUGAUGAUGGACGAGGUGUGGACGACUUCCGUCCAAUGUGGAUCGAAAGUCCUGCCUUAAAUACAACAAAUGGUUCAGCGAGAGUAAAAAUAGACACUACGGAUAUUUUGGUAGGUGUGAAAUGCGAAGUUAUGGAAUGUGAAGACACAUCAACGGUCCCAAAUCGUUUGCAGUUCACCGUUGAUCCAUCCUGUUUAGCUGCUGCACGUACAGAAGCAAGAGGUGGCGAGUAUUUCACUGAAGCUAUUGCUGAUGUGUUAGAAGAGGCCUAUCAUGGAAGUGGAGAUGUCAUUCACCAAUAUGGAAAGAAUUACUUCAGGCUUAUUCUUUCAAAACAGUUCAUGUGGAAAGUUUAUGUAGACGUAGUUAUACAGCAAUAUGGUGGAAAUAUUAUUGAUGCGAUCUUCAUUGCUGUCAAAGCUGCUUUGAUUGACACAAGGAUUACCAAUCUGACGCUUGUUCCUCAGGAUGAGGGCAAAUUCAAUAUAGAAUGUGAUGAAUCUACGGAAACGAAUUUCUUCCAAUUAGAAGCAGCCAAUGCUCCUCUUUGUGUAACUGUGAAUCAGAUCGGUAAAUCGAUAGCUGUAGAUUGUACGGAAGUUGAAGAAGCAUUGCUGCGAACGUCGUUAUGGAUUGUAAUGGACCAGCCGGAAAGUGAAAGAACACCGGAUGAUCAAAUACGGUUACGCGUGGUGAGACAAAUGGACCCUGGUGGCAUGGAUCCACGUUCAGUGCCGGCCAUGAUCGAUUUGGCGAUACGUACAGGAAGGAAUCUGCACUCAGCAGUGAACACUCGGUUAGAAGAAAUAAGGAAUGACGACGGGUCUCAUAUUCCCGGAUACUCUUUUUUGAUCGAGUAA